AUGCUUGUUGACGUCCCUGGAUCACUCUUUGUGCUCACUUCAGCAGAUGAUCCAUCCGGCUCGAUCAAGAACAACGCUACAAACGGCGAGCCACGGGGGGCGCACUUGUCCCGGGAUGGUGAUACUAGCGUGGGAAAUGACGGGGGAGAUGACGACGAUGACGACGAUGCCGCCGUAGCCGGACUGGGCUGUGACAUUAGUAAGAUAAUAUCACCAUCUGGACCGACCGCCGCUUCGAAGAAAAAGAAACGAAAGAAGUCUAAGAAGAAAACACCAUCGUUGAAACAGUCGUCGCCACCACGAGUGCCCUUGGCUGAGCUCUUCCCCAGGGGUCAAUACCCCAGCGGAGAGAUUCAAAACUAUGGCUAUGUGGCCGAGAAUACGGCUCGCACGAUGGCUGACGAAGUCCGAUAUCAAUCCCGUCGUCACCUGCAAGAUGACACUUUCCUGAAUGACUAUCGCAAGGCGGCAGAGAUACAUCGUCAGGUUCGACGCUGGGCACAGGACAGUGUUCGGCCCGGCCAGACUCUCACCGAUAUUGCUGUAGGCAUCGAGGAUGGUGUGAGGGCGUUGCUCGACAAUGCUGGCCUGGAACCUGGAAGUUGUCUUGUGUCGGGAAUGGGAUUCCCGACUAGGCUCUCGCUGAAUAAUUACGUGGCCCAUUACACGCCUAAUCCCGGCCAAAAGGAAGUUGUUUUGCAAGCGAGCGACGUGAUGAAGGUUGAUUUUGGCGUCCAUAUCAAUGGUUGGAUUGUUGACAGUGCAUUCACAAUGUCAUUCGAUCCCACUUAUGAUAAUCUGCUCGCUGCAGUGAAAGAUGCAACCAACACGGGCAUAAAGAAUGCGGGAGUCGAUGUUCGUAUUAGUGAUGUCAGUGCGGCCAUCCAAGAAGCGAUGGAAAGCUACGAGGUGGAGAUCAAAGGCCGGACCUUCCCUGUAAAAGCUGUUCGAAAUAUCUCCGGGCAUAACAUCGAGCAUUAUCGGAUUCACGGUGGCAAGAUGGUCCCUUUUGUGAAGAAUUCUGACCAAACCAAGAUGGAAGUGGGGGAGAUAUUUGCCAUUGAAACGUUUGGGUCGACAGGUCGUGCCCGUUUGGUUGACGGGCCUGGUGUCUAUGGGUAUGGAAAAGACCCACUGGCGCCAAAGAAGGUGAUAUCGCCUCUUGCCUCAGCCCGGUCUCUCUAUAAAACGAUCGACGAGAAUUUCGGCUCGAUUGUGUUUUGCCGGCGCUACCUCGAACGGCUUGGGGUUGAGCGUUAUUUGGCUGGAAUGAAUAGUCUUGUAUCCAGAGGGGUUGUAGAGGAAUACGCGCCUCUGAUGGAUAUCGAGGGGUCCUACUCGGCACAGUUUGAACAUACUAUCUUGUUGGGGGAAUCCAACAAGGAAGUUCUCAGUCGCGGAGAGGACUAUUAG